AAGCUCUACGAUGAUCUUCAAAAUCACGAGCCCGAAGGCCGACGAGGUCCUCGGGUGGUCCCUGGCGUUAAUUCGCGGCCGCUACCUCGGAAGUGACCGGAUCGACGCGGUGGAGGUAGCGAACCUCUUGGAGGGGCGAGACGCGCACCCGGUGUCCUGGCCCGUAGCGGGGGGAGCGUUCGUGGCCUUUGUGAGCCUCCUGCCGGGGACCAACGCGGUGCGGCUGGGUCACGGGGACCUUUGGCAAGACCUGGUCCUGCGUCACGAGCCGCCCGGCCCCCGCGAGUACGUGCGCCCGGCGUACGUCGUCUGCCAAGACGAGCCGGACCGGGGGCCCUCCGUGGAGGGGGCCCUCCAGAGGGUUGCCCUGGGAGCCCGCAUCCUCCAGGCCCUACUGGCGGAGACCCUGGCAGCCGCCGGAUUCCAGCGGCGCACGUUCUGUCUGGAGCCCGCCGUCCAUGUGUUCCGGACCGGGCUGACCGUCGCGGAGGCGCGCUCCAUGGCGGCCGGGAAAGUUUGGAGGUGCCUGGCCGAGGAGCUUGUGCGCUCAGCCCUGGGUGACCCUGACCGCUGCAAGCUCCUGGCCUUCGCGUCGUGGGCAGACGCGGAGCCCAGCGGGACGGCGGGGCACCCCAUGGUCGGGGCCGGGGGCCUGGCCCUCUGCGGGGACGGCCGCCUCCGCUCCUGGCCCCUGGAUCUCCGGGAGCUCGCGGCCGGGCUGGGAGACGCUGGGGAAACGGACCGCCCCGACUGCCCAGACAUCCAAUGCUGCGGGGGCUCCCCGUGGGCCUGCUUCUGGAGCAGUCUGGGCGGGGUCCUGCACGAACUGGGCCACGUGUUGGACCUGGUGCACGCGGACGUGGGUAUCAUGGGCCGGGGCUUCCACCACCUGGCUCUGCUCUGCGCCCCCUCGGAAGACCCCCAGAAUGCCGCAAGGAUCUCAUGGGGACCGCCGCACUUUCCGGCACCGAAGGCCGCUCCGCCCUCGGAGCAGGACCCCGGGACGCCGGGCGGGAAGAUUCCCUUGACCAGGCUGGAGCCCAAGUUGCGUCCCGCUGGCAUGCACGGGGAAGGCGUCCCGGGGGACGGCAGCGGUGGGCCGUACUGGUCUCGAUCCUGUGCCGUCAUCCUCAACUACCACAGGUGGAUCAACAGCGGCAUGGCCGGCGAGGAUCGGACUCCAAUUGAGUUCACAGGGUCGGGGUUGGCCUCCUCGCACGGCAUCCGCCUGGUGGAGUUCCGCCAUCCUGACGACCGGAGGGUCCUCGGCUUCUGGGAGUUUCCCCGAGGCUGCUUGCAGCUGGCGCUGGAGCCCCGGAGCAUAAGGGCCGCCCUCCCGGCGCAUUUUGCCGGCCCGCCUUGCGACCAGGGCCAGCGAGUAGAGCUCUUUGCCAUCGACUCUCUGGGAAAUACGAUAAAAACACACUUUCAGCUCUCGUAGUGCUUGUUGUGCGUCUUUGCUUCCGAAUCUGUCGUAGGUAGCAAGAAUGACGACCGAGCUACUCGCCAAGUGUUGAGAAUAAAAAAAAAAGUUUA